UCCGGGACUUUAUACUGUCUGUCGGUCAAGUCACGUGAUAUACCCGUAACAAGGAGGUGUAUAGAUAAAGUUGUACCGUCAUAACAAAAUGGUGGCAGUUCACAGUUUGUAGGCAAAGUAUUCCUUCAAACGCACUCAAGUACCAACAUCAUGGCAAGUAACAGGUCCGUACGGCGUGCUCAGGAACCCGUUACCUACACGUGUGCUCUGUGUGACAGUGAAGAUGGGGUAAGAUGGUACUGUAACGAUUGUCAGGAGAGUUUAUGUGACCGGUGUAAGGAAACCCAUACACGAGGAAGGAAAACAAAAAACGAUGACGUCGUGUCGAUAGGGAAGGCUACCCGUCAGGGCGACAAGCCUCUACGAGAGGUAUGUAAACUACAUCCCGGUAAACUGUGUGAUAUGUUCUGCUCGGACUGCAACGAGUUGAUUUGUUCGAUAUGUUUAUCUAAAAAUCAUAAACAACACAACUGGAAACUUUUUGAAGACGAACUGUCUGUCAAAAAGGAACAUUUAAAGGAACAUAUGACAACGUUAGCUGAUAAAAUAGCAAAUUUCAAGAACGAGACAUCAGAGCGACAUCGCGUGAACAAAACGUUCAAAGACAACAUUGAUACAACGAGGAAAGAGGUAAACUCACAGAGGACUAAGUUAAAGGCAGAAGUAGAUUGUAUCGCGGAAACAGUGCUGGCCGAGUUAGCAUCUUUGGAAAAAGAGGAAUCACUGCUGUACAAGAAAGAUAUUCAACGAUCGGAGAAAAAUGUCGAAGAGCUGACGCGUCUGCUUGAAAAGGCAGAAUUGACGGAUACAUCUAGUGUAUCCAUAUUUGAAACGGAAGUGUCAUUAAGGAAUACUCUUCCCCUGUAUGACGUUAAGAUGAAACAUGUUUCACCAAAACAACCAAGCUUUGUUACCGGAAGUAUCGACCGCGUCCUGUUGACGAAAAUGUUAGGUGAAUUACACCACGAGAACCAGUACGAAAAGACAGACAUCGACAGUAAACACGUUCAACGUCUCUCUACGUCUACUGUUACUCAACGAAAUCAAAUAUUGGAUAUAUGUCCAGUCGACGACAGUCACGCGUGGUUAUUAAUAUAUCAAUACCAGGGUCUGGUACUGAUCAAUAGCGAGGGUGUGGUCAAAGAGACAGUUAAACUGGACUUCUGUCCGUACAAAAUCACCAUGGUCGGGACAACAGACAUACUUAUGACCAGUCAUAAUGACAAUUCAUAUGUACAUAAACUAUCACUACACAACCAACAAGUGACAACAUUUGCUGACAUCAGACCACAUGAAGCAUGUGACAUCAUCAUCAACGAGAGGCAGGAGGUGUUUGUUAGUACAGGUACACCAGACAUAGUGGUACUGAAUCAGUCAGGUACGAUUGUGAGGAAGGUGACGUGUGGAAUACGUGGGUGGUUUAUUACAUGUUUUUCAUCAGGAGACAUUGCAGUGUCGGACUUUAGUAAUGUAUCAGUCGUAACAGACAGAUCUGGUACAACAAAAUAUAAAUGGUCUGGUGAAAUCAACAACGGUCAACAGGUUGGUAGUAGGAACCUCUUUAAGAUGUCACGUGACAAGUACGACAGACUGUUUGUACCAGACUCCUUCAACGAUCAGGUGUAUGUCCUACAUAGAGAUAGUACACAGGCCAUGUGUCUGCUGGACAAGAAACAUGGAGUGAUCGAACCUACAGCGGUGGGUGUGGAUACGUGUGGGAACGUGUGGGUUGGUUGUAUAGACGGUACCGUACACGUGAUGAGACUGUAACAUGAGGAAAGAGUACAUGAUAAACACCUGUCCUCGUGGUACAUUACUUCAUUAUGUAAAUAUCAUCACAAACAAUUCAUCAAUGUCUAAUAAACACUCUCAAAUAUCGAUUCAUUUUGUAGAGACAUUCGAACAAUUGAUCAAUUGGUGUUAAUGACAUCUGUGAAUUUUUUUUUAAAGUAAUAAGGUUUUUGAACCGACAAUGCCCGAUCAUUGAACUGGUCAGCGAGUUAACUAGUGAGCUGCACUGAGGGUUUCGUUUUAUUUAUUUACCUAUUUUUUAAGAAUCUAUUUUGAAAUAUUUCAUGUCAUCUUAAGGUAAAUCUCCAGUACCAUCAAGUUUAAAUAUAUUAUUACAAUUUGUACAAUGAUGAAAUAUUUCUUGAAGACAUUUUUGCGCCACGUAAUUAAUCAUAUGCACACAUGAAGAGGUAGUUAAAGAGAAGGGGGAGAGAGACAGAAUCAGACAGAAAAACACUUUAUCAAUAUUUAAGAGUGUGCUGCAUGAAAUUAUCCCCAUUAAGUUUUUUAACUCGAAAAGUUCGUUUCCAAAUAAUACAAACAUCCAAUUACAUACUUUUAAAAGGUAUUAUAUUUGUACAAUAUUUCUUAUUUUCUAUUCAUGUAGAAAACACAAUUAAAGUUGAAACUCUAAAUAGUUUUUUUAAUAGCUCACCGGGACCGAAGGGCCAUGUGAAUGUGAGCGUAUG